UCUUUAUCUAUCAAUUAUUUGUAAUUGCAAGUGAUGCAUGCAUUUUUCUGUUUAAGUGCAUAAUAUAACAAUCCGGAUUUAAUCGCGAUAAGAGUUUAACACUUGUUUACCGAAAUCUGUAUCCGGUGUCGAAUAUCACAGCGAUUAUGUUUUCAUAGUUUUUGAAAUUGGUGAAACCUCAGGUUUUGCCAGAAUAUACAGAAGAAACAGUUAUUUGCAACCAGGUGCCACGCAAUAAUGAAGAAGACUUUGAGGAAAUACCACCCCAAGCAGAAGUGGGCAAUGAUUUGAAUGAUUCUGAUUCUGAUUUAGACGAGUUGGAUUUUGAGGACACCAUGGAAUCAAUGUUUAACUCAGAUGCAGAACUACACUUUGACGAUGAAUGUUUUGUUGGUGAAAGAGAAAAAAAUGAUGAAGAUGAAGACCAACCCCUGUACCCCGAAGCUCCAAUUUCACUAGGAACAUUUAUGCUGUUAUUCACAUCCUUCACCAUGAAACACAGCUUAAGCAGUGAUGGAAUACUCCAGUUAUUGAACAUAUUUUCGUAUGUACUACCUAAAGGCCACACACUUUGCACCAGUUUGUAUGACUACAAGAAAUUUUUCACAAAUCUUAGAAAUCCAUUGGUCAAACAUUUCUACUGCCCACAUUGUUUAGGCUAUUUAAAAUCAUCAGCAGAACUUAAGUGUCCAUACAGUGGCUGCGAGAAAGAACUAAAUGACAAUGAAGUUAUGUACUUUUUGGAGAUGCCAGUAGAGAGUCAACUAAAAAUCUUAUAUGCACAGACUGGUUUUUAUGAAAAACUGCAACAUCGUUUUCGAAGACAGAGCAGAGAUGGAAUAUAUGAAGAUGUGUAUGAUGGGAGUCUGUACAAAUCAUACUGGGAGAACGAUGGACCUCUAUCAAAACCAGAGAAUAUUUCUUUUACAUUCAACACUGAUGGAGCUCCAGUCUUCAAGAGCAGUAAAGUGUCGAUAUGGCCAUUAUUCAUGGUGAUAAAUGAAUUACCAUACAAACUAAGAAUGCUAAAAGAGCAUAUGAUCCUAGCAGGACUCUGGUUUGGCCCCCAUAAACCUAAUAUGGGAACCUACCUUUCUCCAUUUCUGGACUGUUUUAAAAGGCUGCAUGAGGGAAUUCAGUGUUUUGCACCAUCUCUCGGGACAUUUAUGUGCAAAGCUUAUUUACUAUUUGGCACAGCAGAUCUUCCUGCUAGAUGUCUAUUAUGUAAUGGUGUCCAAUAUAAUGGAUCCUUUUCUUGUUGGAAAUGCUUACAAAAAGGAGAGACUGCAAAGAGAGGUAAGGGACAUACGCAUGUAUUUCCUUAUAUACCUGACCAACCAAAAGACCCCAGACGUACAGUACAUGAUGUGUGUCGAGAUGCGCAAAAAGCCAUGGACAACUUGGAAAAAAGGACAUCAAAUUACACUGUCAAUGGUGUUAAAGGGCCAUCUUGGUUGACUUUUUUCCCCAAAUUUGACAUUGUAAAUGGCAUAGCCAUUGAUUACAUGCAUGGGGUUCUGUUAGGAGUCCAAAAAUUAUUGUUGCGUUUGUGGUUUGCUCCUGAAUUUAAUUCAAAGCAAUUUAGUAUUUACAAGAAGGUCAAAGAAGUUGAUGUUAGAUUAAAUAAAUUGAAACCAACGUUAGAUAUCUCAAGGUUGCCUCGUUCAAUUGAAAAUGAUUUGAAAUAUUGGAAAGCGUCAGAAUAUCGUAAUUUUUUAUUGUAUUUUGGUGCACCAGUUUUGUGUGGUAUUUUAGAUAUUCCAAGGUUCCAACAUUUUGUGCUGCUUGUUAAUGCUAUAUCUAUUCUUUUAAAGCAAGGUUCAAAUGAAAAUGAAAUUUCAGAGGCAGAAAAAAUGUUAUUUGAUUUUUGUGCUGAUUUUGAAAUUUUAUAUGAAAAAUGUUUUAUGACUCUUAAUGUACAUCAGCUUGUUCAUUUAGCUGAUAGUGUCCGUUAUUUAGGUCCUUUGUACACCCACAGCUGUUUUUCUUUUGAAGAUAAAAAUGGAAGUAUUUUAAAAAUGAUUCAAGGUACACAAUAUAUUGAUAAUCAAAUCAUAACUGGCAUUUCCUUUGUUCAAAAAUUACCAGAACUAAAACAAAAACUAGUCGCAUCAAUGUUUGAAGGUUCUGAAUUGGAAAAGUUAUUUAAUUCUAUUGAGUGCCCCAACUUGUUGAAAAGAGGGGAAAUGAUAGAGAAAGGAAUGUAUAUUCUAGGAGGAAUGAAGUUAAGAAAUAUAUCUGACUUGGAAUUUAGAAAACUCUGUGCUUUUUUAGAAUAUGUACCUCAACAUGAAAAAUUUUCUACAUUCAAAAGAAUUGAUUUCAAUAACCAUAUUAUAUAUGGGUUAGAUUAUGCAAGAAUGAUGAAACGAGAUAAUUCUACAAUGAUGUACAUGAAUGAAAAUAUUUUGUGUUUUGGGCGUGUAAGAUUUUUUCUCCUUGUUACCAUACACGGACAGCGUACAGUUUUGGCUUUUUUAGAAAAACUCAAAUGCAAUUCUUAUAACAGCAAAUGUCAAAUUCUUAAAGUAGAGAAAACUAAUGAAACUGAAUUUGUUGCCAUGAGAAAUGCCGUCAAGGACCCUGGAUGCAUUUUUCUAGAGGUUCAGGAUAAUAAUGAACAAAUGUGCUAUGUGUGUCGUUAUCUAAACAAAUUGGAAAGUGAUUAAGACUGAUCAUGCAUGGGUCAAAACAUAGUGGUUUAAAAAUUUUGAUACUUCAUAGUAAGUUUUUUUCUCUGAUUGAUUUAAUGACAGCAAUUUUGUGAUUUAUCUGAUGUCUUAUUAUUUUAUUAAGAUUUUUUUAAAUGCAUGUUUUUCAUUAUUAUGGUUAUAUUAUAAAUGAAUAUGGUACAGAAAUUCUAUUAAUAAAAUAUAUCUAGUAUAUUUAUGCAGUGUCUGAUCUUAUUUAGUUCCUUAAAAUUCUAAGUCCAUUUUACGCCUAGUCUGUUGAAGAAAAAAUUCUAAGUCCCAUUUUACGCUUCAAGCAGUAGAAAACUUCAUAAGUUAGAAUCCGAGAAGGAAUAAUUUCUGCUAAAAUUCCAGGCGUAAAGAUCGAGGCGUCAUUUCAUGCUAAGAUUACUGCUCAUUUCCACCUGGAAUUCUUAAAUUUUGGGGUGAAAAUCUGACACAGAAUUUAUUAAUUUCCGACUCCUGCUCAUUUACGCCCGGAAUGAACACUCUCCGCCUAUAUUUGAGCUGGAUUCCGUCUACUUUCCAGGUGGAAUCCACCUCAAAUGUUCGUACGGGUUACUGGU